CAUAUGCGGUAAUUUAUAAAUGUUUCAAAUCAAGUUGGGUCCGGAUUAGCCAGCAGGUGGAUCCGGGUCCGGCCGGACCGCGGUCUGCUAAUCUGUGACCACUGAUUUAGACUUUAGAGUGUGAACCUGUAAAGUAGCCUUUUUGCUGGGAAAAGCAGAGCUGUUCUCCAAUGCAGCGAUAAGGCGCUGUCAUAAACCCAGUGAGUGAAAGCAAAGGUUAGCGUGUUAUUAGCAUGCUUUUUGUUCCUGAACAUCAGUAAGCUUCCAGCUGAGCAAGAGUUCGCAUUGUGUGGACAUGUCAACACCUGGCAGGGACGAGACACGCUUCCUCAGUGGGGUAGUGGAAGGGUUUUAUGGGCGACCAUGGACUAUGGAACAAAGAACAGAGCUCUUUAAAAGGGAGCACAUGUGGGGUCUGAACACCUAUCUGUAUGCUCCCAAGGAUGACUACAAACACAGGAUGUACUGGAGGGAAUUAUACUCUCCAGAGGAGGCAGAACAACUGGUCGCCCUGAUCUCAGCAGCUGAACAGAAUCAGAUUGAGUUCAUCUAUGCAAUCUCUCCUGGGCUGGAUAUCACCUUCUCCAACCCCAGAGAGGUAGCUGCCCUGAAGAGGAAGCUGGAUCAGGUGAAGCAGUUCGGCUGCAGGUCCUUCUCUUUGCUCUUUGACGACAUUGAGACUAACAUGUGUCCCGCUGACAAGGAGGCCUUCAGCUCCUUCGCCCACGCACAGGUAGCCAUCACCAACGAGGUUUACCAGCACCUGGGAGACGCCAAGACCUUCCUAUUCUGCCCAACAGACUACUGUGCUGCUUUCUGCUCCCCCAAUGUGCCCCAGUCCUCAUAUUUGCAGACCGUUGGGGAAAAGCUUCUGCCUGGAAUCGACAUACUGUGGACUGGUCCGAAAGUUGUGUCCCACAAAAUCUCGGUGGAAUCCAUAGAGGAGGUGACGGCUGUCCUGAAGAGGCCACCUGUCAUCUGGGACAAUAUUCAUGCCAAUGAUUAUGAUCCUCAGAGGAUGUUCCUGGGACCAUAUAAGGACCGACCCACUGAGCUGAUUCCUAAACUGAGAGGAGUGCUCACCAACCCCAACUGUGAGUUUUAUCUAAACUUCGUGGCAAUUCACACCUUGGCGACAUGGUGUAAAUCUUCACCUGCUGGAGAGGGCUACAGCGCUCAGGAGGCCCUGAGACUGGCCCUCUUAGACUGGAUGCAGGAGUUCACCAGCACCGAUCAGCCUGGAGGUGCUUGUGAAUCAGCUAGCCUAAAAAAAGAGCUGUCUGAUGAGGAGCCCAUGCAGACGGACGUGAGUGAGAGCCCCUAUGUUCCCGGGCCAGGAGAGAACCCGCUGUAUACAGCCGAACCUCUGACUCUGGACGACCUGAACCUGCUCUCAGACCUCUUCUAUCUGCCGUACGAGCAUGGGCCCACGGCCAGGAUGAUGCUGGAGGAGCUGGACUGGCUCAAGAACCACCGUCAGGCUGCUGCAGCUCCCACUGAAGAGUGGUGCGGCAGGGCGGGCAAGUUUGACGGCAUGUGCGAGGGCGUGGUGCAGAUGUUCAACCGCCUGUCAAACGUCCCGAACCGCAGAGUUCUGUACGAUCUGUACAACUACAUCUGUGACAUCAAGAGUGGGGUCGGAUUGGCACGAGCCUACGUUAAAACACUGGGAGGUCAGAAUCAACCCUCAGCCCAGUUGCUGAAUGACGAUCCUGAACCUUGGGGCUUCCGGGGAGGCCUCUCUGGGGAAUUCCAGAGGAUGCUGCCAGGACAUGGAAACAGGGACCUGUUCAAACACCCUCCAAUGACAGCAGUUUACUGCAUUCGCCCUUACUGCACCGAGGACAAGGUUGAGGUGCAGAAGAUCUUUAAGGAGAUGCAGACAGAGGGUGACGUCCGCCUGCAGCCUAAACUAAUCAGUGACGGCCUGUCAUCAUGUGAAAUCCCCCCCUCCCCACAGUGUGCUCUUGUUGUUGAGGAUGACUUUGGGGUUUGUGGAUAUGCGCUGGCACUCACUGACGCCAAACAAGCUGCAGGCUCUGAUCAGAGGCCAGGAAAUGACCCAUUAUUGAAGGAUUACCCUUCCCUGGUGGUAGUCCAGGUGCUCCCUCGGGUCACUGAUCCAUCCCCAGCUAAACGUAUGAUUUCUCAGCUGUUGUCCUCCCUCAGGAACAGUGGCUCCAGAGGAGUUUUCUGUGAGCUGAGGCAGAGCGACCGGAGGAUGCUCGACUUUUUCUCUAAACUGGGCUCCUUUAAACACAUUCCCAUGGACAAGAGCCUGUCUCAGGAUGCUGUUUUCAUGGCAACACAGCUCUAGUAGCAUGAAAGCAUUUGGGAUGAUGAUAAACUACUAAAAUCUCUCAUGUAUUAGCACAUUGGAAUAGAUUUUGUUGUAUUUUAAACCUGUAAGGUGUACGGUUGCUUUUUCAAUAAAUGGGAAACCUCUGAGUACUUUUUGUUUCU